CUCAUCGGGGGGCUGCCCAUGCCCUACCCCAACCUCGCCCCCGACGUGGACUUGACGCCGGUUGUGCCCUCCACGGUGAGCAUGACCCCAGCUCCAAACCCUGCCGUCUUCAACCCUGAAGCUGUGAACGAGCCCAAGAAGAAGAAAUACGCCAAGGAGGCCUGGCCGGGCAAGAAGCCGACGCCGUCUCUGCUGAUCUGA